UUUUUUUUUUUUAAUUUUUCCUUUUGUAUAAACCUUGGGGUGUUUUUUUUUUUUUUUUCACACCGGGAUCCAUGGCGACCGAGGUGUUGAGACCGCAUGACUGGUUGACCGAACGGAUUAGAGUCACUCCGGCGGCGUAUUCUCGCCGAAAAAGCUACUAUGGAAACCCUAACUCGAGUUCUAACAGCUAUAACAAUAAUUUCAAUAGUUGCAGUACCGCUAACCCUAGAUCUAGCCGGAGACCCGCGGUGAGGCCGGAGAGGCUGCCGGAGCAGAGGCGGAGCUCGUUCUCGAAGAGAUCGAGCUCCGAUGACCUCAAGGCGGUGAAGACGAUGGAGAAGGUGACGAUCCUGAGGCGCGGGGAGUCGCUGGAAUCGAAGAUCAAGAGCUCCGGCGAGGCGGCGCUGAAGAAGGAAGGCGGCGAUCUGGUCGUGUGUGGGAUCCAGAGGCUGGGUCCGGCCCCGGAGAUGGUGCCGAAGAGGUUGGGGAUCGUGGAUCUGAGGGUUCCGGUUGUCGGAAACUCCGACGUUUACGCCGGAUCGGCGUUCGCGGUCUCGCCGGCCCCGAGCUCGCUUCCCCUGCCGUCGUUCUCCAAGAAGAAACAGGGACCUCCAUCCCCCGCCGCCGUCAUCGUCGACGACUCCGCCACCAGAGAUCUGAGGCGUUUGCUUCGGAUCGAUUGAAGAAAACAAAAUCAAUAUCAAAAUCAACAAGGUGAAGAUGCAAGUUUGAAGAUCAGAAAUCUCUCUGUCUCUCUCUCUCUCUCUCUCUCUGUUCUGCGAAUUUCGUCUCUGUCAGGUUUUCUUUCGGUUUCGAGGUCUAAUUCUUUCGUGGUUUUUUUCAAAGCGGAGAUAUAUAGAUCCGAAACCAGGAAAUUGCAGAGCGAAUUUAGAUGUUAUUAAGCCUUUAUCUAUCGUCUUCUUCCGGGGUUGUUUAUGGGUUAAGGGGUCUAAUCUUUAGUAAGGGAAAAUUGGGUGGGUUGAUAUGUAAUAUUGGGGAAAUAGUUUUCAGUUAAAAAAUGGUUCAUCUGGGCUGUGCAUGUUGUUCUUCUGCUCUGUUUGUGGAAUUUGUAAACGGGUAAUAUGUCUAUCCUUUUUGUCUAUUGUAAAGGAAGAUGAAAAUUAGGGGGCAAAAAGAAAUUAUGGGCAGAAUUUGAUAUUUCUUAAUUGCCUGUCUUCCGUUUGUGUUUAGAUAAAAUUUGUGUAUCUCUCCUCUGUAUUAUGCAAGUAUAGGUAGCUUUGUAAUGGAGGGUGAUUGCUGAUUAGUGAUUAGUCCUCUUGUUAAUAAAAUCAUAUAAGAUGUUUUCAGAUUAAAA